AGAGCAGAUAAGCGCAUGUACAUACUGUUAUGAACAACCGCCCUACCUGCAUAUGUAUGUCAACCGCAUUUGACGGAACCGCACUUGACGGAACAAAUUGUGAACAUUCUUUAGCGGUCAUGAACGUCAUAUGGCAUCUGAUCUCCCUAAAGGACGACGUACUGCCCCACGCGCUGACCGUGGGAGUGUAACAGAGGUGAAGAAGUGUGCUGACUGUGAAGCAGUGGGCCAGAAAUACAGCCUAGGGUCGUCUGAUGAGAAUAUAUUCAUAGUACAUACAAGUCGUUCAGUUGUGAAAAGGAAGGGAAGUAAAUGUGAGGCCAAAAGUGAGGUCCUCGAUCAGAUAAAGCGGCGUGGAGCAGCUUUGAGAAACAGCAGAGGGGGGUCUAUUCUUGUUCACCUGGACGGCCAAGGCGAAAAUGAUAGAUGCUUAGAAUAUUUUGAUGAAUUUAUUAGCAAGGGAUUAACGGCACUGAUAGAGGACGGUACACUGUUUGUGAAUGUAUUUAAGAGGGAAUGGCUAAGUGCCAGUGACGAUUACAAAGAUCGCACUGACUUUGUUCUCCUGAGAGUAGGUAAAACUAAAUCAAUAUCGACAGUGGACUUUAAUACUAAAGUUCGGAACGACAUUGAAAACGAAAAUGCAACAACAGUGAACAUUGUUUCUCUUUUGUUAGACAAAGAUGGUGAAAAGUGUUUUGAUGCAAAGUUGAGGGACCUGCCUGAUGAUAUCAAAACCUUUCACGAGUCUAGACAUGUGGAACAUAAGGCAUUAAUGCCUAAUUUGGCAGCGAAUCCAAAGCUAACGUCGGAUGAAGACAGUCUCCUUGACUACCUUUGGUUAAAUCUAAAACUGAAGGACAAUAUUACAUCGUUUUCAAAAAUCAUUGGCGGUGGUUCAAUAUUUAUAGGAAUAGCAGAAAAGACAGAUGAAAGUACACACUCUAAGGUUUUGAAAGGUGUUGGAUUCGACAUUGUUGAUACUGGCAAAUAUAGUCUCAAAGAAGUUACAACCGAAUAUUUUGAGCUCCAUAUAAACAAAGACACAUUUUUAGCAAAAUUGACCCGUAAAAUAUACGAAAAUACAUCUAUACUGUAUGCCAGUGGUCGGUUUGCUAGAGAAAUACCUUCAGGUCUAAUCAAACUGAAGUUUCACGAACUUCCAUCACCAAAUCGAUACAUUCUACAAGUAGCUGUAGGCUACAUAGAAGGCAUUGUGUUUAGUGAUAAGAAAGGACCAAGAACGUAUUUUGUCAAGGGCUCAUCAAAGGAAGAGAUGGUUUGUGAAAGGAUGGCAGUGAAGGAGUGGAUUUUGAGGCUGAAACGGCACUGCAUACUAUGCAAAUCAUAAAGUAACUUUAAAAAAAGAACACUUGUAACGGUAUAAUUAUGUCUUCCUCUGGGACGGUGGAGACUUCUGUUUCGUCAUAUAACUACCACUCAGAAGAAGGAGGAAUUCAGUGUUGCACCUCGAAGCAGUAUGAUGUUACUUCUAGCUCAUCAGAUGAAAGGAUUGCUGCUUUUAAAGAUACGAAACACCUCCAGCAGUCUGUGAUUGAUGACGUAGAACGCAAACAAGUGGAACAAAUCAUUUCAAAAGUUUUCCAAGGUGAGGUCCAAAUGUACCCCAGAUAUGUGGCAACAGAUCUCGACAGAUGUUAUCCGAACAUCUACAAAAGAAUAAUGAACGCUUUUGCUAGUCCAUCAGUGUUCAUUUUUGCAGCUUUCACACUGAUGAAACAUCUUGAUGUGGGCAGAUUUGUUCGCACACCAAAACAUGUCAUCUUUGACGUUUGUGUCUUCAGGACAUCCAAACCAAUUGUGAUACUGACUUUCAUGAGUACAACUGCGAAAGAGGAGAGUGUUCUCGUGUAUAACUCUCGACUUGCAAAGUUUGCAGUAAGGUCUAUUAAUGAGGACUUACACUUGGACCUGUCAGUCAUACAUGGUGUUCUCACUGAAGAAGAUUGCAACCGUGAUGAUGUGUUCAGUGACAAGAUUGAACAGUUGGAAAGCAAGACCAGCGUUUUUGCACUCCCUGUAUCUCUGCAUAUGGAUAGUGAUUUACAUGGAAAGGUGGUGACGAGCUUCUUGAAACGAAUUGAAGAAAGGCGAAGUUCCGAACAUGGCAGUGUGGACACAGAGCUUAUGGAUGUGGACAUAUUGCAGAUAAACAAAACCGACACAGAUGAAACAGGUGGAGACACUGUUACAGAAAGCAGUCUCCAAAACAAGGUGGAGGAAUUAAGACGUCAAGUAGAACGAUUACAAGCAGAACUAAAGGUCGAGCGUUGGAAGGCUGUUCACAAUCCUGUUGCAGCUGGUUCAGAUAGAGAAAACAGCUGUCACAACUGUAUCUAUCGGGUUAAGUAUCAGAAUCUUUUGGCGAAGCGUAAAAGGAGAUAUCAAGGUGGAAACACUGCUUCAGGAAGACUCCAAAACAAGGCCAAGAAAUCUAAGACGUUGAGGAAACCGAUUAUAAUUAGAAACAGAACCGUCAAAACUGGUGUACCGAAAUGCUAGCCCUGGAGAUAUAGAGGAUGAACUAGUCAUGGAUGAUUCAUAAACGGCAUGUAGCCAGACAUAUAUCUAUGACCUUCUUGUUAAGAAUAAAUGAAUUUCUACCGUGGGAAACAAAGCUGGAAAGACAUUUUGUUCCAUAUUGUUAGUCUUUAGGCUAUAUGGGAAACUGUACAAUAUAUGUUCGAGACAGAACAUCAAAGUAUCGAUACUAAAGGUCAGAACAGAGGAACAGCAGCUCAUCAUUGUGAUAUUCGUCUAUUCCAUUCAUAAGUGAAUCAAUGUUCUGGUUGAACAUGACUGUGAUUUGUCAAUUUGUGAUGAAUACUGCACAGACAAUUACGGUGCAAAAGCUCUGCUGAUUGCAGCUAGUAAGGGAAAUGGUCUGGUUGCAGAAGUUGUUUGAUCAAGGUUAAACCAUUCAGGGCCUCAGUAAAGCUUUCAAAAGGUUUUAUGGUAAACAUGUGGAGGACAUUUCCAAAUCUGACGCAUCAUUGACAAGAAUAA